ACCUGGAGGCAAACCUGAAGGUGCUGAAUGAUGAGGUUGAGAAUUUGCAGAGCGGAUACACAAAAAAUGCUGCACCAAAGACAGCCACAGCAUGGCAGAAGGUAGAGAAGAACUGAGCCUUUGGAUAUACAGGCAUUCCACAGAGUACACAGCAACGUCACGCAAAAGAAACACGUGAACAUGAACAAGCUUGUGAAGCGGCACAAACGUUUAGCAAUCCCCAAGUUGCAAUGAUGCGCCAGAUGUUUGUUAUUGGCAAGGGUUCAAGUCAAGCAGCAGCCCCUUCACCAGAGCCGCUUCCUCCCACAGUAACCACUCCUGAUGUGCCGGAAUCUCGUUCUCACAACUUUGUUGGUUAUCUUUCAGAUCUCUCCAGUGAUGCUGCAGAAGAUUUGGAUGAGUUUAACACAAAAAACAACAACUCGGACACAGUAGCUGC